AUGUGUGGCAGGUAUGCAUUGAACGUGGAUAUCAACCAGCUACCAUCAGAAUUUGUUGGGACUGCAAUAAUCAAUGGUGAUUCGAAUGCUGUUCGGCCUGUUGAUGAUAAUCACAACCAAGAUGAUCACGAUAAUGAUGACAAUAAAGAUGACAAUAAAGAUAGAGUUUACUCAAUUGGGGGUAAGCAUGGAACUGAAGAAGAGGAGAGCACAUUGAUUUUACGGAAUAAUUUAGGAGGAAGGUAUCAAUCAUAUAAUAUUGCACCCACCCAGAAUUCGGUUAUUAUUUAUAAGGAACUGGCCCAAAGUUUUAUUUUCGAAACGCUGAGUUUCGGAUUGAUACCGUUCUGGAUGAAACCUAAGACUGAAGGUGUAACCAAUCAGCUGAAGGAAUUAAAGGGGAACCAGAGCAAAUAUUUUAAUUGCAGAAAAGAGACGUUGGAAAAAGGAUCACCCAUAUGGAAUUCUGCCAAAAAUAAACGAUGUGUCGUACCUAUUGAAGGAUAUUUCGAAUGGAAAAAGGAUGGCAGUGAAAAGACCCCUUACUAUGUACAUUCAUCCCUGUCUUCAUUAAUGUAUUUGGUGGGGUUUUAUUCUCACAAUACAUUAUUUGAGCACAAUUUUCAACCAAAUAGUUCAUACUUUUCAAGCUUCACUAUCAUCACAGGCCCGGCACAAAGUACAGAUCAAAAAGAUAUAUCAUGGUUGCAUCCUCGGAAACCACUUAUGAUUGCGCCAGGUACUAAACAAUGGGAAGAUUGGUUGAACCCUGAUUUAGACACAAGUGAAAAAUUAAUAGACUUUUGUUUGGAAACUGAAAAGAAUAUAGCCUUCAAUUCUAUUGCUACUCAUAGAGUUAGUAAAGAUGUCGGGAAAACAUCAACCAAUGGGGAAUAUUUGAUAAAAGAAGUAAAACCCACCAAGUCACCUCAAAAAUCAAUUGACUCAUUUUUCAAAAAGAGAUCAGGUGACGCGUCAAACACUUCUAGUCCCAAGAAGGUCAAAACUGAACCCAAGUACUAA